GUCACCUUUGGCUCUUCAGGGACGCAGGGACAUAUGAUGGGCUUCUGGUUAACCAAACCGAAUUAUUUGUGCCAUCCCUCAAUGUUGAUGGACAGCCUAUUUUUGCCAACAUCACACUACCAGUGUACACUCUGAAAGAGCGGUGCCUCCAGGUUGUCCGAAGCCUGGUCAAGCCUGAGAAUUACAGGAGACUGGACAUCGUCAGGUCACUUUAUGAAGACCUGGAAGACCACCCGAAUGUGCAGAAAGACCUGAAGCGGCUGACACAGGAGCACAUUGAAAGUCAGCAGACGGGAGGAGAGGUCGACAGUUUUCACUGAAAUCCGAACUCCUGUGUCUCAACUUCUGAUGAUGCUGAGUCUUAUUCUAGAUAGACGACCAGCCUGUUGCUUUCGGUUUCACCUUCUUGGAGUCUCAUUCUUAGAGUACGCGUGCUCCUUUGCUUAAAAGGUUAACCGACUUCACUGGGCAUUGUGAAGUUUAUGGGGAGACAUCCCAAAAUGUAAUCUAAUGCCUGCCCUUUCUUGAAGUAUUUAUCAGGUAUUUGCAUUUUUGCCUUCUAGUCAGUCAGGAAAGUUUCUACUAGGAUGUCUGUGUAAGUAAUUCAGUGAGAAUCGCAGCGUGUCCUUUAGUUAUAAGAAAGCAGCGACAUCUGCUUCUAAUCGAUGGACUGCAGUCGGUGAUGUGUCCACCUCUUCUUCGGGAAGACGGAGACAUCCUUGAGGCCAGGAUGCGUCUUCUUUGAGACCCCAGUGCCUAGCACAUUGUAAGCCUUCAGUCCGUGUCUGUCGGCUGGGCAAACCAGUGAAUGCUUCGUAUAAAGUGUUGGGAGGUUUUUGCCUCCCUCCACUCCACUGGUAUCUUCCAGUCUUGUUUUUGUAUUUUAAUUUUGCUGCAGGGUGCAUGUGCCCUCUGGAGGGAGACAGAGAAAGUAUCUCUGGAAGAAAGGAGGAUGACCUUGCUGCAAUCCUUUCUCCUCCAUUCUUCUCUCCGAUUCUGGGCAUAUGGGCCCCCAGCGUGUUUUUAAGCCGCUGGGUCCAGGACUCAAACUGCACAGUGGACCAUGUGGGAUUCACCUGCCUUAACCACCAUGCCACCAGCUGGCCUGGUUUUGCCUCUUUUUAUGUUCGGGGGAGGGAGGGAGGUCUUAAAGUAUGUACAGUAAACAAAUGUCUUAAAGGGAAUCAUUUUUAUAGAAAGCACUUUUUAUAAUUUUCUAAAUCUUGUGCUUCUCUCAGUCCACUGUUAACACAUUGCUGUUUUAUUUCUGUUUCUAAACCAGGAUUGACUUUUUUACAGUAUUGUGGCAGUAGCGUUUUCAUCACUUGACAUUUGCACAGAUAAAAUGAAAAAAGGACUGUCCUCGUGUUUGAUUCUAAUAGUAAGGAGUACUGUGAAGUUUUUGCCAAGUGAGGUAUUUCUGUUCCUCUUUGUAAAUCUGUGCCGUUUUCCAUUUUAGUCAGCAUUUUCAUCAGCCAGGAUCUGGUGACACUUUUACCUAGCUAGUGGAGAGGCCGAAGCCUCCCAGCCUCUGGAGAGUUCCUCAUAACAGUGGAUUCAUGGAGUAACCCGAAAUGUUUUAUCAUUGUAUAAAUGUGCAAACCCUUGUUGGCUAGACAUAAAUUCAUUAACUCAAACUCAAUACUUCUAUCAGACUUACUAAUAAGUAACUAAUAGGUUUUGGGGUUUUUUUUUAUUUUUAUUUUUUUGUAACUAAUAGUUUAAAUUAAACUAAUUUUUUGUUUGUUUAAUAGUUUAAAUUAAAAUCCUUCUACUACUUUGGAAAAGACAGAAAAGUAACAGGAAGAAAAAAGAUCACUGUAGGUACACACUACUUAAGUACAACCGCAAUGAACAUUUUCAACUUUUUUCUUUCAGCCAUUUAAAAAAAUUUUUUUUUUUGUUUUUAAAUUUUGCCAGAGUGACAUGAGGUGGGUAGAGGGGAGUGAGAGAAGCAUUCUCCGUGAGGAAUGAUCGUACCGCACUCCCUUCUCCAUCUUUGCCUUCCGUCAGGAUUUGGGGCUCGCGUGCACACCGUCAGGAUUUGGGGCUGGCGUGUCUCUCAAGCUGCUGGGUCUGGGAACUGUGCAGUCAGCCACAUGGAUCCAGCCACUCCAAGCACUUUGCCACCUGCCGGUCCCUUCAGCCAUUUUUACAGCAUAUUUUGGUUGGUUGGUUCUAUGUGGUUGCGAGCAUACUGUAUGUACAGUUUUGUAUCCUACUUUUUCAUUAACUUUGUAACUUAAAUAUUUUUCCAUGUUAUAAGCUCUUCAUAAACAUCGUUUAUUGGUUUAUUAACAAACAUUAGCUAAUGAGUUUAUUAACUUCUUUAAAAAUUUCUCCCCCUUUAAUGAUGGAUGACAAAGCACGUGUAUAUGCACAAGAGAGAGAGACAGAGACAGAGAGAGGAGUACCCUCCAGGGUUUGGUCACAUCAUCUGCUUCGUCCGGUCUUCCGGGGCACUCAGGUGCACGCAUGUGUGUUUCAGGCUGACCAGGCCGGGGAAUCCAAGUACAGCCGCCACGUGGAAUCCAGCUUCUCUCGGGAAGUGUAUUACUGCCGCACUGCAGAGCAGGCCCAGCCUUCCUUUAUGGUUAACGUUAGGGGUAUUUCUUGGCAUUUUUAGUUCCUUAGCCUCACCUUUGGGUACAGUUCCUGCGCUCUAAAAUGAGAAAGACAUAAAUGAAACCAGUGCCUCAGUUUCCCUCGUACCCUUGAAAUUUCACUUAAUCUUCGUUUUCUCUUUCAACAUGCAACAAAUAAGUUGGCUUUUUUUUUUUUUUCUUCUGAAGCAUGUUGUUUCAUUCACAGACACACCUCUAAAUACUGAAUUAUUUUUCUUAACAGGGGUAGGGAAAAAGAAGCGUGGAGGCAGGGAGUUUCAUACGCUUGCACAGGCAGCUGUGUGAGGCCCACGGAGGGGAAUCUGCGGAUUGGAGUGGUUUCAUGUUGGUUGUUUUUUGUUUUGUUUUGUUUUUAACUGGUGAAAUGACAUUUCAUAUUAUCAUCAAGAAAAUGCAGUUCAAGUACCAUGUCUUUGGUGUCAAGGAAGAUGGAGAAGCUGUAGCGUGAAUACUGUGUGUUUUUCACUUGAAAUUCUGUGAAUGUAUUAAAUGUAUUAUUUUUAAGAGACUGUGAAGUUUUCUGUUUUGAGUUUUUAGAAUGUUCUUUAACACAUUAAAUGGUGCUGAAUAAAGGAAA